AUGAGUUCUCCACCACCACCAUCAACGACGUCUCGUAAAUUUUCCGUAUUCAAUAAAAAAUUUUCCAACGAGGAAUUUCAAGAAUUCUAUCAUCACCAAAGCUGUGCUUUUGCUCUUCCUCUACUCGAUGGUGAUCAAUUUUGGCCUAGCUCUACCCCAUCGCCGAUCUCAUCGUCGUCAGCCUCGUCACCUGCGUAUAUUAACAAAAAAUCACACUAUUCAUACAACGAUGCGAUUCCACUUUCUACUAUUCCUCGCGAAAAUCAAACUUAUUCAUUUUCUGCUCCUGUCUCACCAGUAGCAUCACCAAAUGAGCGAAUAUCGAAACCUUCCAGCCCUGCCAAAAAAUUCUUUGGCAAGAUUGUGAAAAAACUUAAUCCACAAGAUCUCUUACGUAAACGACGUGGUUCUGACUCAAGUCAGACUAGUGUCGAAUCUCCUGGGUCAAGCGAAAGUUACGAAGGUUCUGAUGGAUUUCCAUUUGAUCAACCACCAAUAACAACAUCAGUUCCCCUCAUAACCGAUAAUUAUCGAUCUACUUUUCAUUGUGACGAGAUUUCUACAUCAAAUAAACAAUAUAAAUGUUAUAAAAAGCGAUCACAAAAGAAAAAACGCAUUCACAAACAAGAAAGGGCGGCAAUUUCAACUUUGUCACUUCUUGAUAAUAUCAUAAUCUCACCAAAUCCGCUUGCUCGCUCCAAACACCAUAGUUUCUCUUAUCCACCCCAUCUUCUAGCUCACCCUUUUCUCAGUCCAGACGAGAAAACAAUGUGCACAGUUCGUGCAAUAAACUUUUCCGUAAAUAUUUACUGGGCUUGGCCGGGAACUUUGUAUCUUUCGCUCCCACGUACAACAUCACUCUGUCAAUUUAAAUAUUCAGUAUCACGUGAACUGGGAUAUUUAUUACCAAAAGACGCACUAAUUUUGUGCCAUACCCGAAGAUCCCGAUCUGGUAAAUCACGUGGAAUGAGACGAACGAACGGCUACAGCAACGACAGUAGCAGCAGCGGCAGGAACACGCUGUUACAUUAUUUGCUGACAAAUAGCAGAGUGAAGAUGGUUGACUCGGAUGUGGUCUGGGGUAUAUGUAUGUUAUUAUGGCCAGAAGAUGUGGAAUUGACUAUUAUAGUGAAAUCGGCGUGUAUCGGUAUGAUAUCUCGCUAA